UUAACUAGUUCUUUAUAUGUUUGGCAUCAUGGUUCUGUGGGGUGAUGUCUGGAAAGGUAGUGAUUUUAAUCAAACGAGCAUUUCGUAUAAAACUGGUAUGGAUCUAACACCUUGAGUUAAAGUUCAAUAUCCAUGCUCUAUGGUGGACGAGGGACAUACGUAUAUAUGUACGUCCCUGUGUAGAUAUAGCAUUUUAACUCGGGUGUUAAUCUCUACCGGACAGAUAGAUCUACAAGCGCUCUCCGAUUAGUGGCCUACGUACGCCACUUUCGACCGAUUCCCCCAUCAUUCAAAGCUGGGACCACUUCCGAGCGGGUCAUGUUUUGACUGUCAGCCGAACAGUUGUCGGGGACGUAUUCAGAAUUUCAAUUCUGGGAUAGUAAACAUGUCGGAAAUCUUUCUGAAUAAGGAUGCUUAUGCCAUUCUGAAAAACAAGUUUGUUGUUGUGAUUGGAUCCUCAGUUCAAAGGUCAAUCUACAAGGACUUGGUGAUGUUGCUCCAGAAAAACAAUUACCUGAAUGAUCGCCAACUCCGUGCCAAGGGUGAGAUGAACUUUACCACUGACAAGUUAUUACUGGGAGGUAAGAAAGGGGAAAUGAACAACGGUAUCAACUACCGGGAGGUACGACAGUAUAAAACGGAUUACCAUCUGGUGAGGUUUUACUUUGUGACACGCUGCUUCAAUAACUACGUCAAUUCUAUAUUUACCGAGCUCAAGGAGGAACCACGGCCUGAUAUCGUCAUCAUCAACUCAUGUCUGUGGGACAUUACCAGGUAUGGUGAUAAUUACGUGAGUGACUACAAGUCUAACCUGGAAAAACUUUGUCUCCGUAUGAGGAACUGUCUGACAGAGAAAUGUUUGUCUCUGUGGAAUACGACCUUGCCAGUGUCGAGAAAAGCCAAAGGUGGCGUAAUCAUUCCUGAGGUAGAGCACAUGAUGAACUCAUUACAACUGGAGGUACUGGAAGCUAACUUUGUCGCAUGUCAAAUUGUAGCCUCACAUGGUCUCGAUGUGAUUGACCUGCAUCACUUUCUGCGGUACCACCUACACCGCCGCGCAGAGGAUGGCAUUCAUUGGGAUAUGACUGCACAUCGUCGGAUCACCAAUUUGAUUCUGUCACACAUCACAGAGGCUUUGGGUGAGGAGUUACCAAAUUACACUGAAGUCAAAAGGGUUGCUAAUUCUCAGAAGGCAAAUAAAAACCAAGUCAAUGUAAACUUCAGUCAUAAUAAAAAUCUGACUAGACUUGGAAACCCAGCCAAUGUGGAAUUACCUUUGGUACCUUUACAGAACACUAACAAUGCUCCCCGUUUCCCAAAGAACCAUCCACCAAAAAUGUUUCUGUCUGUUCGUCCUGCAGCCCAUUUACAAGGUGUAGCACAACAGAUAAACUUUCGUCAAUUGCAGUAUGAUAACACACCAAGUAUUGAAGAGCGGUAUGGUGGACCAAUUAGAAAGACAGACUACAGCUGUUACCAGGGCAACCAUAUGAUGAAUUAUGACCAACAGGACAGUCAUGGAAUGGUCGUGGGAAACUGCCCUGUGAUGGCGUCUGCAAUGUAUCCAUUGGUUUUCACUGAAGACCAGCCAGAAAAUUGUUUGAACUUUCAGGAAGAUGAACUUUCUGACCAGGAACAAAUGGCCAGUGUUCAUUUCAGCUCAAACAAUUUCAAUGGAUGUGAAAAUUUUGGCCAAAAUGUUCAGCCAUACAACUGGCAACCAUAUGGACAGCAGCAAUAUCAUCCACCAGUUCGCCAGACCAUGCAUCCAAGGCACAUGCAUCGUAUUGUACCCUAUCAUCAGAGAAGAGGAGGCAACCCUCGGGGAUUUGUAGGUCCAAGGGGAGUUUGUGUCCAGAACAUUCGUUUCUUUCGUUAGUAGUUGAAAGACCUGUUUUGAGUAAAUCUGUCUGAUUGUAUAUUCCAUGAAUACAUCAUAAAUAUAGAUUUCCGCUGGCACUUUAAUAAUAUUUGUAUGGUUUCUAGGGUAAGAAUGAUAUUCAUAUGGUUUCUUUGGUUGCUGAAUACUUCUAUGGGUUCCGAUCAGUAUUUGUGUGUAGAUUUGAUUCUAUUUGGUCUUGAUUGUUACUCCUACGGUUUCCAUGGGGACUGAUUAAUGUAAAUUUGAUUUCCAAGGGAAUAGAAUAAUACUCUAAUGGUUUCCAUAGGAAGUUAUUCAUACUCAUUCAGUUUCUAUGGAAACUGAUUUAUAAACAAGAGGACAUAGUCAAUACUAAGUUUGAAUGAUUCUGACUAUCUAUCCCCUUAAAUAUACUGCUAGGGGCAGAUACGAGAAGACAACCUGUGAGGUUUAUAUGGUUGCUAUAAUAAAUGCUUGUACAAGGUUUUCUGUGAGUAUUGAUUUGAAUGUUUAAAUUUUCUUUGAUAGUGAUGAUUUUUAUAUCAUGUGGUUAGUAUAUACAUUUUGUAUGUAAAGAUCUACGAUAAUGGGGGUUAUUCAUAGAUUGUACAGUUACUGAUGACUGCGGUUUAUAAAGAUCUACGAUAAUGGAGGUUAUUCAUACAUUGUACGGUUACCGAUGACUGUGGUUUGUAAAGAUCUACGAUAAUGGGGGUUAUUCAUACAUUGUACGGUUACCGAUGACUGUGGUUUGUAAAGAUCUACGAUAAUGGGGGUUAUUCAUACAUUGUACGGUUACCGAUGACUGUGGUUUGUAAAGAUCUACGAUAAUGGGGGUUAUUAAUAGAUUGCACGGUUACCGAUGACUGUGGUUUGUAAAGAUCUACGAUAAUGGAGGUUAUUCAUACAUUGUACGGUUACCGAUGACUGUGGUUUGUAAAGAUCUACGAUAAUGGAGGUUAAUUCAUACAUUGUACGGUUACCGAUGACUGUGGUUUGUAAAGAUCUACGAUAAUGGGGGGUUAUUCAUACAUUGUACGGUUAAUGAUGACUUGUUUGUAAAUAUCUACGAUAAUGGUUUGGUUUGUAGUGGUUUGUAUACAUGUUCAUGUUUUGUAUGGACGCCAGUGACUGGUUGGUUUGUAUACAUGUGUAUGUUUUGUAUGGAAGCCGAUGACUGUGGUUUGUAUACAUGUUUAUGUUUUGUAUGGACGCCGAUGACUGGGUGGUUUGUAUACAUGUUCAUGUUUUGUAUGGAAGCCGAUGACUGUGGUUUGUAUACAUGUUCAUGUUUUGUAUGGACGCCAAUGACUGGUUUGUAUACAUGUUCAUCUUUUGUAUGGACGCCAGUGACUGGGUGGUUUGUAUACAUGUUCAUGUUUUGUAUGGACGCCGAUGACUUUGGUUUGUAUACAUGUUCAUCUUUUGUAUGGACGCCAGUGACUUGGUGGUUUGUAUACAUGUUCAUGUUUUGUAUGAACGCCGAUGACUGUGGUUUGUAUACAUGUUCAUGUUUUGUAUGGAAGCCGAUGACUGUGGUUUGUAUACAUGUUCAUGUUUUGUAUGGAUGCCGAUGACUGUGGUUUGUAUACAUGUUCAUGUUUUGUAUGGACGCCGAUGACUGUGGUUUGUAUACAUGUUCAUGUUUUGUAUGGACGCCGAUGACUGGGUGGUUUGUAUACAUGUUCAUGUUUUGUAUGGAAGCCGAUGACUGUGGUUUGUAUACAUGUUCAUGUUUUGUAUGGAAGCCGAUGACUGUGGUUUGUAUACAUGUUCAUGUUUUGUAUGGACGCCGAUGACUGUGGUUUGUAUACAUGUUCAUGUUUUGUAUGGACGCCAAUGACUGUGGUUUGUAUACAUGUUCAUGUUUUGUAUGGACGCCAAUGACUGGGUGGUUUGUAUACAUGUUCAUCUUUUGUAUGGACGCCAAUGACUGUGGUUUGUAUGCAUGUUCAUCUUUUGUAUGGAAGCCGAUGACUGGGUGGUUUGUAUACAUGUUCAUGUUUUGUGUGGACGCCAAUGACUCUGGUUUGUAUACAUGUUCAUAUUUUGUAUGAACGCCGAUGACUGGUUUGUAUACAUGUGUAUGUUUUGUAUGGACGCCGAUGACUGGGUGGUUUGUAUACAUGUUCAUGUUUUGUAUGGACGUCGAUGACUGUGGUUUGUAUACAUGUUCAUGUUUUGUAUGGACGCCAGUGACUGGGUGGUUUGUAUACAUGUUCAUGUUUUGUAUGGACGCCGAUGACUGGGUGGUUUGUAUACAUGUUCAUGUUUUGUAUGGACGCCGAUGACUGGUUUGUAUACAUGUUCAUGUUUUGUAUGGACGCCAAUGACUGGGUGGUUUGUAUACAUGUUCAUGUUUUGUAUGGACGCCGAUGACUGGGUGGUUUGUAUACAUGUUCAUGUUUUGUAUGGACGCCGAUGACUGGUUUGUAUACAUGUUCAUGUUUUGUAUGGACGCCAAUGACUGGGUGGUUUGUAUACAUGUUCAUGUUUUGUAUGGACGCCAUGACUGGGUGGUUUGUAUGUUCAUGUUUUGUAUGGACAGCAAUGUAUAUAAAUAUAUUUUUUUCUGCUUUUUGUUUUGUUCAUGGAUUUGAUAACAGAUUAAUCUUAAUAUGUGGUUCUUCAUUAAUGAUGGAAUAUUAUGAUAAAACCGGUUAAUAAUCGAUGGAUUGAAUUUCUGGACAGAGAGGAUUUUCUACAUAAGCCUACUAGUCAAUCGGACAUCAAUAAAUGAAUGUUUAAAUGUCAA